AUGGCGAGCACGCACGCGUGUGCGCCCGCCGUGGCCCACACGGCGCGCGCUGCGCACGCGGCGACCCAGCCGCGGGUCCCGCUGGCGUCGCGCCCGGCGCGGCGCCCGGCGCGGCUCGUCGGGGCCCGCAGCACUGCCCCGUCGGUGGAGUUCCUGCCCACCAGCGAGGCGUGUCCGUUCUGCCGCGACGUCGGGAAGUGCAAGGGGAUCUGCCGGAACCCGCAGAACGUCGGGCUGCCGAACGUGUACCCGACGCUGGACAUGGACCCGCAGACGGCGGUCGCGCUGCAGCUCGAGGCGCUGCAGAACAACCACACCCCGCGCCGCGACCACGGCCUGCACGUGUUGUUUGAGUUUUGCGGCGACGCGGACGCGAUGGAGCGCUCGCGGUACAUGGGCCGCAGCAGCGACCUCUACAUCCAGGACCACUUCAUGGGCACCGUGGCGGGGGAGUACCCGGCCCUCGUCAACCUCGAGGCCUUCGAGAUCCUAGGAGAGGAGGACUAUCCUGGCGGGCGGCGGAACGUGCGGGUGCGCGUCAGCCCGCGGGGGAACGACGCGGACGAAGAGUUCUGCUUCGUGAUGCGAAAAGCGCCCUUCGGGAAGUACAAGGACUGCUACGUGACGCACCGCCUCCUGCGCGCCGACAGCAAGUGGGUCGAGGCCGGCCUGUGA